UGUCUCGUGCCGAGAGAGCCAGAUCUUGAGCCACUGGGGCCACCGUGGCCUACGGACCGCGCGACUCUGCUUCGUCCCUCCCUGAUCCAAGAGGUCAAGCGUCGUCGUCAUUGGACACCCCGUCUCCACAUGGGAUGAUCAUCAUCGCAUAUGGUGGCCAUGUCCUUUGGCUCUCAGCACCAGUGCUGUGUGUUUGGUUAAGAGGCUUCGGUUUGGAAUUCUGCAAGCUUCUACUCGUAGAUUUCUCCCCUCCGUCAUUGCCUGACGCUGCCUGUUCAGUCGGAGAAAAUCGCACAAACCCCUCUAGCAACGCAACCAUGGCAGUGUUGAAUUAUUGCCCGCCUGUACAGCCUGCAGACGGGGCGAAAGGAUCACUCCGCUCGCCUGGACGCAAUCUGCCUGUCGCUGCCCACGACGCCUGCGCAUCUAGAAUGGGAGUUUGUUCCACCAUCACUCUCUGCCAUCCGAGACUCACCCACGGAAGGAGCCACAGCCGUUGGGCAGCACCAACGGCAGCAAGCUCAAUUCAGAGAGGCGUGUACCUAACCUAAGUACCAUCGCGUCGCGCUCCGGUUAUGCCCGUCACGAGACCACGGUCAGCCAAUCGACGUACCACAGAUUCUUAUAUCCCACCACCGCAAUGACAUCGGUAUUUCUUGCCAUUCAUUAAACUCGAAGAACCAGACGGUCGUAUCCGGGCCACGGUUUCCUCAGGCACGGCAGUUUCAUCUUUCGCGAGCCGCCGCGGCGAUACCGACGCUGCCAUCUAGCAGGCGUAAU